CUGCGUGUCAGUACUACGGCAGCUUUGCUCUUGGAGAGAAUUUUGAACUUUAAAAAUAUACUUACAUAUAAAAAAAAUAAAAAUUUAUUAUUAUUAUUUUUUAGUAUUAUUUUUGGGGGUGGAUAACUUUCGAGAAACUCGAAACAGGAGGAGAUGGAUAUUGACCGACCGACUAAUGUCUCCUUUUUCGAUUUCGUCGGAGGAGUCCAGCUCCUGUCAGGAGAGGACACCCGGACCGCCAUGCCCGUCCUCCUGAUCGGGAUCUGCGUGUCCGGCGCGGUGUGCAACCUGCUGCUGUUGCUGGUUUUCGUCCGCGACUUCCGGAGCGGCAGGGGCUCCGAGGUGAAAGCCCUCCUCGCCUCGCUGGCCUCCACGGAUCUGGCCAUCCUGCUGCUGUGCGCGCCCGUGCGCGCCGUCACCUACUACAGCCGGACCUGGACCUUGGGGAACUUCGCGUGCCGCACCUCGGACUGGCUCCAGCACUCGUGCGUGGUCGCGAAAACUUUCAUCCUGGUCGCGACCACCAAAGCCGAGCACACGCCGCUGCCGCGCGCCGCCGCGUCGCAGCCCCUCCAUAGCCCCACGUGGAUCCACGGAGCGGUCGCGUUCGUCUGGACGGUGUCCAUGAUGCUCGCCAUCCCGCAGAUGCUCUUCGCCGCCCUGUUGCCGCGCGGCGACGACUAUGUCUGCGUCUCCGAAAUGCCGGUGUGCGCGUCCGACUUCAUGAGUUUGUUCUACAAGAUCUACCCGACCGUGGCGUUCGUGGCGCCGGUCAUCUUCACGGUCGCGUACUACACCAAGACUCUGCACACCGCCGUGAACCACGCGCCGAGCCCGCGACACCAGAGCAAGGUGGUGCUGGUUCUGCUGUGCCUGAGCGGCGCCGUGGGGCUCAUGCUGCUGCCCGAGUGGGGGACGUUCGCGUGGAUCCGACUGGGCUACAGCAGACCCCCCGCGGGGCUGAUGAUGUUCGCGCAGGUCCUGCUGUACGCGUGCAGCGCCCUGUCCCCGGUCGUCCUGAUGACCAUGUACGACGACGUGCGACAAGGACUGGUCGCGGUCUGGCUCGUCGCGACGUGCAGGAGCGGCGAGCGCGCGCCCGACGCGAAGUGCCCGCAGAGCGAGGGGAACGGGGCGGAGGUCGCGGCGAACGCGGUGGGCAACGCCGUCUCCCAGACGACGGAAGCCACGUUCCCCGACGUGGAGCACUUCUGGACGGGGCGCCGGAACACGCACGUGGAUGAUGAGCACGACCCGGUUCCGUGGGAGAAAGAGGAGAAGAUGCUGUAAUGAACUUUUCUCUCUUUUUUUGUGAUUUUAUUUUUUUAGCAGGAGGUUUUCAGUUUGUUAUUGGCUGCUCUAUAGUUCCUCCACCCACUCAGAGCUUCACUACAGGCUGUAGUGGACCGUUUGGUAUUGUGAGCAUGAUUAGAUGUAAUAUGAACUUGUGUACUAUCAUGGUUUGGUGUUGUACAGAGCCGGCCCAAGGCACUGUAAACUAAGCAGCUGGUCAUGAGCCUCCACGCCAGCAGGGGCACAAAAGAGCAGUAGAAGAGUUUUAGAGUGAAGUUUUUUUCUUCUUUUUGUAUGAGAGGACACAAAUUGACAUGUUUUGUGUCACAUGUUUACAUUUGGGAUUCACAAUGUUUAAAAUGUUAUUUGUUAAUUAGUGUCGUUUAAGAAACAUUCUGUUCAUUUGUUUUUAUUAGUCACAUUUUUUAACAUUGGAUUAUUAUUAUAAUUUUUUUUAAAAAGGUUGUAUUUCUUGAUGUUUUACUAAUCAAUCAAAAACAAAUAAUAGUUGAAAAUGCAAUUCAAACCUUGAAGCAAAAUCUUUUACAUUAGAAUUUUAGUACAUGAAAAAUUUUCAGUACAUAAAUGUUGAGAAUAUAUAUAAGUUAAUUACUGUACAUAUAUUUAUUUAUAUGUGUUAUUUGUUUAUUCAUUUACUUUCUAAUAAGUUGACAUCUUUUUGUAAUUUUCAAAACUGUUAUGGUAAUCUUUGUGGUAAAAUUUUAAUGAAUAGAUUGUGAAAUUCUACAUUUUACAUGUAAAUCAUAUAUGACCUUAAAUAUCAAGCAGGAGAGACAUUAGUAAUCUAAAUCUUUUUUAUUAUUAUUACAAUGUAGGUUUUAGGAUGGAACUCUGGAGUUUGACUCUAAAGACUUUCUGCUUAAAAUAUUUUUGUUUUUUUGUUGUUUAUUUUUCCACUUUAUGUGAAGCAUCAUGCAGUCCUUUGUCAAUCAAUGUAAAACAUUGUGUUAAUGAUCUUGACUGGCUUGUUGUAAAUAAUAACUGAAUAAUAUUUCAGUUAUGUAACAUAUGGAUGCUAUAGUGGAGGGAACAUUAGUUGAGCUGGAGGAUCAAAUGAUGUCAAACUCGUGAUGAAGCCUUGGACCGGCACUGUUGCUUUAAGCUUUUAUUUUGGAUUUCUCUUCUUUUUUACAACUUUGAUGCACUGUCUAUAGGGCAUGUUUGUUUGUAGUUAUUGUUAUUUACUUUUAUUUUGUAUUUUUUUGUAAAAAUACAACUGUGUAUUUAUGGAAAUUCUAGCAAUCAAGUUGUGAUUCUCUUUGUGUGACACAUGAGUAUUAAAACACUCUUACUUAUCA